AAUGAAAGUGAAACUGUUGUUUUUAUAUGUCCAAACCUAUUAGUAUAAUACUUUCCACAAUGUCAGGUUUUAAAGCUUACAAAGCACAAAAUGUAGCCUAUAAGUUUUUGCACGUUUCUGCGCAUGACACACAACAACUGAACCUCACGUCCAUGGCAACAAGAAACAAUUGCGUUUGUUUAAGUUUUUACUUCUCAGACUGUUUAGUUUAAAGCACGUAAAAAGUGCAAUGCCUCCCAAAAAGAAUGGAAAGGGGCGCGGAGAUGCGCUAUCAAAUAAAAAGGAAGGUAUUGAGCCUGAGCAGAAAAAACGCGAAGAAUUAACGGAGAGUGACAAAAACUUUUAUCGGGCUCAAAUACGUGAUUUGGAGGAGCGAUUGGAAAGAUACCAGCUUAAAUGUGAUGAAUUGGAGGUUAAAGAAAAGGACUUAUCCUCUAAGAUUAAUAAUGUGGAGAAAGGGAAAAAAGACAUAGUUCUCUACAUGAAACGCACACUGGCUCAAAAGGAGGAUGAAGUGAAUGAUCUGACUGAGACUUUAUCAAGACACCAGCAAGCCCAAGAGGCCGAGAGAGAAUCCUUUGAGUUACAAUUGAGCAUGCUUAGACAUGAACUUCAGGAAACUAAGGAAAAAUUCACAUCGAAGAACAUGACGCUUGCCGGUAAGCUGGCGUCUUUGGAGGACUUUUCUAUGCAGAGAGAGAAGCUUAUGGCUGAACGCAGGUCGUUGGAACAGCAGCUUCAAAAUCAAAAAGAGGAGCAUCAAGCACAAAUCUAUAAUCUGGAGAAAAAAGCUAUACUGGACAAUGACAGGUGA